GUCCGUGGGUGCUUGUGGCUCCCGUGCCCUGAAGGCGGCGGCGGCGGCGGCGAGUAAUGCCUGGGAAACUCCUCUGGGGGGACAUUAUGGAGCUGGAGGCACCCUUGGAGGAGUCGGAGAGCCCGAGGAAGGAGAGGCAAAAGAAUGAUAGAAGGAAGUCAAGGUACCAGUAUGACUCCGAUGAGAAAUCAGAAACAAGAGAAAAUGGUGUGACAGAUGAUCUGGAUGCUCCAAGGGCCAAAAAAUCAAAAAUUAAAGAGAAGCUAAAUGGAGACAGUGAAGAAGGUUUUAAUAAACUUUCAGAUGAAUUCUCUAAAUCUCAUAAGUCAAGAAGAAAAGAUCUGCCUAAUGGCAAUAUUGAUGAAUACGAAAAAAAAUCAAAGCGAGUGUCAUCCUUAGACAGUUCCACCCAUAAAUCAAGUGAUAUUAAACUAGAUGAGGCCCUAACACGUGAACAGAAAGAAGGAGCCUUCUCCAAUUUCCCUAUUUCUGAAGAAACUAUUAAGCUUCUGAAAGGUCGAGGGGUAACAUAUCUCUUUCCCAUCCAAGUUAAGACCUUUGACCCUGUAUAUGAAGGAAAAGAUUUAAUCGCUCAGGCACGAACAGGAACAGGAAAGACAUUCUCUUUUGCCAUCCCCUUGGUUGAAAGACUCCAAAGAAAUCAAGAGACAAUUAAAAAAAGCCGCUCACCAAAGGUACUUGUUUUGGCUCCAACAAGGGAACUGGCAAACCAAGUAGCCAAAGACUUCAAAGAUAUAACUAGGAAACUCAGUGUGGCAUGUUUUUAUGGUGGAACGUCAUAUCAAAGCCAAAUUAGUCAUAUUCGAAAUGGUAUUGACAUCUUGGUUGGGACCCCUGGUCGAAUCAAAGACCAUCUGCAGAGCGGCCGAUUGGAUCUUUCAAAACUGCGUCAUGUUGUCCUUGAUGAAGUGGAUCAAAUGUUAGAUUUAGGUUUUGCUGAACAAGUUGAAGAUAUUAUCCAUGAAUCCUACAAAACUGAUUCUGAAGACAAUCCUCAGACUUUACUUUUUUCUGCAACUUGCCCACAGUGGGUAUACAAAGUUGCAAAAAAAUACAUGAAAUCCAGAUAUGAACAGGUUGACCUUGUUGGAAAAAUGACCCAAAAGGCUGCAACUACUGUGGAACAUCUGGCCAUCCAGUGCCAUUGGUCUCAGAGGCCAGCUGUUAUUGGAGAUGUCCUUCAAGUCUAUAGUGGAUCUGAAGGGAGGGCUAUUAUUUUCUGUGAAACGAAGAAGAAUGUAACUGAAAUGGCCAUGAAUCCACACAUAAAACAGGAUGUUGAGUCCUAUAUCCAUCGCUCUGGACGUACAGGUAGAGCUGGCCGGACAGGGAUUUGCAUAUGUUUUUAUCAACCAAGAGAACGAGGUCAACUAAGAUAUGUGGAGCAAAAAGCAGGAAUUACUUUUAAACGUGUAGGUGUUCCUUCUACAAUGGAUUUAGUUAAAUCUAAAAGCAUGGAUGCCAUCAGGUCUCUGGCGUCUGUUUCUUAUGCUGCUGUUGACUUUUUCCGACCAUCAGCUCAGAGACUGAUAGAAGAAAAGGGGCCAGUGGAUGCUUUGGCUGCAGCAUUAGCCCAUAUCUCGGGCGCUUCGAGUUUUGAACCACGAUCUUUAAUCACCUCUGAUAAGGGGUUUGUGACCAUGACAUUGGAAAGCCCAGAAGAAAUACAGGAUGUCAACUGUGCCUGGAGAGAAAUUAAUAGAAAGCUGAGUAGUAACGCUGUGUCCCAAAUUACCAGAAUGUGCCUCCUCAAAGGAAAUAUGGGUGUUUGCUUUGAUGUUCCAACAACUGAAUCAGAAAGAUUACAGGCAGAAUGGCAUGAUUCAGACUGGAUACUCUCAGUGCCAGCCAAAUUACCUGAAAUUGAAGAAUACUAUGAUGGAAACACAUCUUCUAAUUCCAGGCAGAGGAGUGGCUGGUCAGGUGGUCGGUCAGGCCGGUCAGGUGGUCGAUCUGGUGGCCGGUCAGGUAGACAGAGUCGCCAGGGAAGUCGGUCAGGAAGUCGACAAGACAGUAGAAGACGAAGUGGAAAUAGAAAUCGAUCAAGAAGCGGGGGCCACAAACGGAAUUUUGACUGAGCAUUUGAUAGUUAAUCUACCAGUGUGAGCUUGCCUAUUUCUGUCUAAUCAUGUAUAUUACCUACCAAAAAUUAGGUCAUCAUAGUUGAGGUAUGUGUCUGCUAUUUGCAAAGAAGUUGGCCGUAUUUUUUUAAAAAAGUAUUUCACAAGAAUGGUUGUAAACAAAUCUACUUAUCCAGUUAUACCUUUGAAUAAAAAAAACCUCCUUUUA